AUGUUACAUAGAUUCGUUAGAUCAGUAGUUGGUAAAACAAGAUGGGGAAAUAGAUUGACACCAUCUGAAGUAGAGGGUGCUGGUGGUGUAGAGUAUUUUCAGAAUGAACAAGAGAAAGUAGAUACUUUCAAAGCAUUCUUGGCAACACAGAUCUAUCACAGACAAAACAAUGGAGUUGGAGGUGUUGCAAAGGAGGAAGGCGAGUCGGACGAAGAUUACUAUGACAAGUCGUCGGUUGACCACGAAGAAGCGGGCUACGUAGCAUAUCAACCGAUCAAAGACGAAGAACUAUUUUUAAAUUAUCGAUUCAACCCCGCCAAUCCAUAUCCAGCAUGGUAUCAUCAACCGGACAUCGAAGAAGCAAAAAGACGUUGGGGUAAACUUGAAGGUUUUUCACUGAGAACCAUAGCAAGUCGUUUAUUUUAA